AUGGAGGCAGCAAUCUUAGACGUGAACUCUGAGCGUAGACAAUGGUUAUCAGCUUUAAACAAAAAACUAGAUGAAACAACUACUCUUAUACCACCGGAUGCGAUUAUCAUCAAAUGUAUCAUCUCAUCAACUUGUUCCGAGGUUCAACUAGCCUGUUGCAAUUAUCAAAAGCUUACAGCAACUAUUGUCCGUUUACUGGCUGAAGAAAAUAUAUCUGAUCUACAACGUGUAUUCUGUCCAGGUCGUAUAGUAUUUGUUCAUCUACCACAAACUGAUCAUUCAUUAUACAGUAAAGUACCUGUGAAACAACCCGAUUGGUUAGUACCAGGUGUUUUGGUAAAUCUGAGUAAGAAAAAAUUCAUGAAUGAAAGUGAAAUACAGUGGGAUAUUAUCACUUGGCAAUUGCCUAAUUUAUCAAAUCAUUCUAAAUCAUUCAAAAUUUCUAAUCAUCAAUCACCAAUUCAAAUUAAUUCAGGGAAUAAUGCGAAUGAUGGAAAAGUAGAAAGCAAUACCAAUAAUCAAUUCAAUGAAUUGGAUGAAGAGGAUAUUUUGAAAGAAGGUGAAGAUUCUCAAUUGUCCAAUACACCAUACCCUCCACAAUUAAUGCCAGUUUAUAUACCUGAAUCACUGGAAGAUGCUUAUGCUCGUUUGACAUUAUUAUCUAAUCUGUCUGCACGAUCAUUUGUACGAAUUUGUGAUCAUGUUUUCACUGUACAACAAUAUUGUAAUACUGUGAAUAAUGCAAAUAUUACACCGUCAGAAUUAUUACUUCGUGGUAUUAAGCGUCAUCGACAACAAAUAACUGCACAACAAGCUGGUAUGCUUUUAGUGAUUGGUUCAAAUUCAACGGCAAGUGAUUGUGAUCCACUAGUUCUUAUAGAUGAAUUAAAUGCGAAUUUAUUUAAUCUUGUAACUUCGUUAAUGCCGGAAUCUUCUACAUCAACAAUGUUUGGUCUGCCAGCUAAUUGGCCUACGAAAGUUGAUUUAAGGACGUCGUUUAAAUUCAAAGGAAUUUCAGACGAGGAUGCUUGUGUAUUUGAUGAGCAUGCUUUACUCAGCGAUGAACUAACAACUCCACUUCUGACAUCAGUUAUUACUCAACGUUUGGCUCCAGUUAGUUGUCCUGAUCUAGUAGCACAUUUGGAACUGAUUCAUCGUACUUGCCGUCGCAGAUGGGCUGUGAAACGAAUUGAAGAUAGUUUAUCUAAUUCACAGUUACAAUUAAACACUGAGUAUAUGGGUCGUUUACAUGUUCUCCAAGAGCUGGGAUUUAUUGAUUCAGCAACACAUACUGGUUGUUUGAGUUUAAAAGGUCGAAUUGCUUGUGAAUUGAUAAAAAUGGAAGUGUUAAUUACUCAAUUAUUACUUAAUGGUUCAUUCACUAAUUUAUCACCGCCAGAUUUAGCCGCUGUUUUAUCAUGUUUUGUAUUUGAAACACGUUCUACUGUUGAUUCAGACCAAUUACAACAACAUGAUGGUCAAUAUUUACAAAGUCUACUUGAAUCACUAAUGAAUUUUACUAACGAUGAUUGUGAUCAAAAUCAUAUGUCUAACAGUAGUAGUUCAUAUGUUACUACUUAUCCUCCACAUCUUAUACCUGCAUUACAAAAGAUUCUACUCUCUGCCAUAGAGCUAGAACAAUUACAAACUAAAUAUGGUCUUACCGAUCCAUCUAUAGAUACAAGGAUAACUCUUCAAGCUGUCAAUGCCGCUUAUGCUUGGGCUCAAGGUUAUUCAUUCUCAUCAUUGGUUAGUAUGACUAGUGUUCCUGAAGGUCAUUUAGUUCGUGGCUUGUUACAGCUUGAUGAACUCUUACACCAUAUAUGCAAUGCUUGUCAUCAUCUUGGUGAUAGAAAUUUAAGUUUACAAAUGAAAGAGGCAAGAAAUUUAAUAUUACGAGAUCUUGUAUGUGCUCCAAGCUUGUAUACUGCAAAUGAUCUUAUGUAA